AUUUCAUGUCGUUGCAAGGGCGGAUUUAUACGAGCGCCAUUACUUUCAGUUUAAUCUUUCUUCAUUAUCCGGCAAACUCUUGUCCUGAAUUUUGUACAGACAUGAGCGAAGGUGGUUUGCAACCCAACUCCAAUCCCUUUCUUACCCUUUUCGGUUCUGGAAACGCCGUUGAAAAUGCCGACGGUGUGCGGAUCCCGUCGACCACUACAAUUUCGAAGUGUGACUCGCAAAACGAUGAUUUGACUUUGGCUCAAUCGGUAGCCAGGAUGACACCGGAUGAGUGCAAGAUGAAUGACUUCUUAGAGUCGGUAUUCUUGUUCUCAAUUUCGAAAAUGAGUAGGGAAGGUCAGCAUUUCCAAGAUGAUAACCUCAAGGUUCGAUUGGAGCAAGAUACACAAUCCCCUCUGACUGUGGAGUCAAUCGAAGUUCUGUUGUUCGAUCGGCUGCUGAUGUCAGAGGAACAAUUGAAUCGGUCUCUGGUGUCCGCAAGGGGAGAAGAAAUUGCUUCGCCAUCAGCUCCGUGUGCUGCUAGUGAGAAGAAGGCCUUGAUAUACCUUACGAGGUGCUUUCAGCGUCUUCAAGAGCAACGUCGAGGAGCUCCAUUUUUGUCGGACGACGACUUGAACCGACUAGAAGUCAUGAUAUGCCAAAGUGUAGUCACGGGAUUCGAAGAAGAUGGAAUAUACCCGGGACACGACGUAGAAACCCAGUUUGCUGACAUGGUGCACGAGUAUUUCAAAGAAAUGUGGUUCAUUCAUUUCGCAAACUUACUGUAUGAUCGCGCCGUCAACGCCGCUAACGAUGACACGUUAGCGAAGAAGAUUUGGUCUGCACCCCUUAGUAAAUUGAGAAAAAUCUGCGCCGAAGCAACUUCAAGUAACAUUCCAUCAAAGCUGGUAUUUGACUUACUCCAUUUCUACGCAAGUGACGCAAAAUUCGGGAAAAUGCUGAUUUCAUUCAGCACACCAAGAAUUCAAGGCAGUCAGCAGGACCCACAUCUUGGUCGACGCUACAUGCAAACUUUAUUUGGUUCCAUUCUAUCACUCUCCGUCUUACCUCGACAAGAAAUAGGUCCCUACGAAUUUUUCCAAGAGCCAAGUUCUAUGCACUUGUCAACACUAUCAUCUGUUGAGCGAACUGUUCACACAGAUUUACAGAGCCUCCAAGCUAACCUCCAUGAUGUAUGGAAAAAACUCCUGACUUGCUCAAAAGAAACUCGCGGGAUGCUGUUAUCUUGGAUUGGUGAUUGCCUUCUGGCAAACAAGGGAAGAAAUUCCAUUGCGUACCUGCAGCCGACAUCUUUUGUUGGUGUCCAGUUUGUUUCUGACGGUUUUAUGUUGAACUUGGGCGCCAUAUUGCUUCAGUUAUGUGUGCCUUUUGUGAGGUACUUCCCAAAUCCUAAAAUAAGGAAAGCAAAUCCCUGGUACUGUUACUUCAGUGGGGCAGAGAAAGACUCCUGCGAUAAGUAUGGAAUCCACGCAUACAGACUGAACCAGGAAACGCCUCUAGUAUCAAGUGAUGACACCUUAAAGGAAAGAAUUUGUGAGGGAGAGUUUUCGUUUAUUUCCGAUUGCUUCUUCUUGACCCACAUGGCGAUGAGUCUGGGGUUUUCCGUCUGCUGGGACAAGUACACGAAAAUGUUUCACGACUUAGGACGCUUGCAGCAUGUGCAUCGCGAAGCAAGAGACUCGAAUUCCCAAGAUCAAGCUCGUAUUCGGAUGUUGAAGGAACAUAUUGAGCGAGGAAUGACGAGAUACUUGUCUCUAAGGGCGGCGUUGCUGGAGCCACGUUGCUUGGAGAACAUGAUGGAUUUUGCUAUAUCAACUUCUUAUUGGCUUGUGCAAAUAGCUACGGGCGACGUAAAAAUAAACCCCGAAGGCCUCGUGGAUGCUGCUCUCACGAUUACGGACCACGAUAUUGAGUUUCCUCUUCCAGAUGUAGUUGAUGAAGUUCUGCAUUCAAUUCCUGAAUUUGUGGCAAACAACAUUAUCGACUUGCUGAUCUGUAUUCGAAGGUCGGAUUCAAGGUCUAAUUUUGCUGGUCGAUCUCUGGAAGAAAUUCUGACCUUCGUUCUCGUUUUCAUGGGAUCGCCGAAGCGAAUGAAGAACCCGCACUUCCGAGCAAAGCUAGCAGAAUGUCUAGAAGCUUUGCUACCCAUUAAUGACGACAAAAGUUUUGGUCCCGAUCAAGGUGGGGGCUACUUUCCGAUGCUGACGAGGGCAGCGUUGUUCACAUCACAUCCUCACAUCAGACAGCUUGUCCCUUGUCUGUUGAAUGUCUUUGUUUCCAUCGAAGUAACCGGCCAGUCCGUUGCCUUCGAAGAAAAGUUCAAUUAUCGGAAGCCCAUGUACACGAUCAUGAAGUUUGCGUGGGAAAAAGAUGUGCACAAGAACGUUUUCGAAUCUAUGGCUCGGGAAACAUUGCACAACAUGGAAAACGUUGAACCGCCGUUGCUGCUGCGCUUUCUUAAUUUACUCAUGAACGACGCUAUAUUCUUGUUGGACGAAGCUCUGAAUUACAUGUCAAACUUGAAGACAAUGCUACAUGCUAGAGAAGCUGGGGAAUGGGAUUCUCUGGCUCCAGCCGCGCGAGCAGAAAACGAGUCCAAUGUGUCGCAUGUCGGGUUGCUUGCAAGAUUCCACAACGUCAUGGGACGAGCGACAAUCAAUGUAUUAUCCAUGAUCAAUGAAAGUGAUGCUGUGAGACGAGUUUUCUGUCAUCCUACGCUUGUGGACAGGAUUGCAGCUAUGCUCAACUAUUUUCUUCUGCAUCUCGUCGGUCCGAAAAAAUCUAACUUCAAGGUGAAGGAUAUGAACGAAUAUGAAUUUAAGCCUGCGGAAAUCGUCACCGAAAUCUGCAAAUUGUAUCUGAAAUUUUCGGACUCGACCGAAAUCCACGCCGCGGUGGCUGAUGAUGGAAGAUCGUACAGUGAUGAUCUCUUUAAACAAGCUGAAGACGUUUUAAUAAAAAUCCAUCGCAUGGAUCUAGUUCCGGGCAUCCAAUCUCUGUCUCAGAAGAUUCGCGCGCGAAGCGCAGAGAAAAAAAUUGAAGACGAGCUAGUCGCCGAUGCUCCGGAAGAGUUCCUGGAUCCGAUAAUGUCUACUUUAAUGAAGGACCCUGUCAGACUUCCCACAUCCGGAAAUAUUGUCGAUAGGCCCACAAUAGCGCGACAUCUUCUUAGCGAUCAGUCAGAUCCUUUCAACAGGCAGCCCUUGACCAUGGACAUUGUGGAGCCGGUCAAUGAUCUCCGCGAAAGAAUCAAAGUAUGGAUAAAUCAAAGGCUGAGUCAGCGUUGCGAUGAAAAUUAGGAAUCAUCCUCGGCUGGUUCGGUUCCAAUUCACUAUUUUCCGACUCACGACAAAAUGAUGACCUCAUCGAUGUAUAAUCAACAGAGUUUAUUGGUCACGGCUGGGUUGUGUUGGUGCACGUGAAUUCUCGCCUUUUUGUGUGCCGAACUCGAUUUAACGUGGAGGAAAUCUCGUAAUUCGCACCAUUUUUACCGAAUUUUCCUGCCUUUUUUUUUGAAAAAAAAGAAGCAUGGAUUAAACUCGCGUGCGCUCGCUGGUGGGAUGACGCUCUCUUAACCAUUUAUGUGUAUUUUUGUACACGAACUACAGAAUAUCUUGAUUUUCGCGAUUAUUUCGGGUUAUUUUCUUGUGGAAGUCUUACUUCUUGUCUCGUUCGCUUUUCGUGCAUCCUUGCGUCUCUAAUUAAAAACUGCAGAAGCAGUGAAUUGUAAACAUUUUGAUAGUAAAAUGUUUUUGACAUUCCUGCGUAAAUUGGCUGCGUAGGAUGUCAUGAAAGUUGCAAAAAGUAAAGAAGUAGUCAUCCGCUUCUCGAUUGUCUACGUUGGGAAAUGCUAAUCAUUUUUCUUUUUUUUUUAAAUCAUCUGGAGUGGUGUACAAUUACUUCCCUGUGCAAUUGAGUCGGUCAAAAGUUUUUUGUAACGUGGUGGUGUUUUUUUCUUGUCGGAAUCUGUCGAAAGUUAAUGUCAUGAUUCCUUAGUUGAAGUUUUUUCAAAGAUGGGAUUCGUUAGUCAACCUGUGACGUGGCUGUGUAUUUCCCGUGCGUGGAAAAACUCCGGAAUGCGGAACAUACAUUUUUCUUGUACACUUACGCAAGUAAUCUUUUUGAGCUGUUCGUUUCCCUCUUACGUUUAAUGUAUCAAUGAUUUGUCUCAAAAUGGGUGAAUUCCACGAAAUUUGUAGUUACCUCAGCGUCAAUGGUUAUUUAAAUUUUCAAUUUUUUUUCGUAGUGAAUGCGCUUGAAGUGUCAGUGAAAUUACUGUGUUUCGGUUGAUGCGCCUCCUUUCUUACCGAUCGGGAAUUUUAAUUUUCUUCUUGAUUCCGGGAUUUUGUUUCGAAUGUAGGGAUAUUGUGGUGAAGAAGGAAACAGGUUAUCUUUUUAAAAAAA